GAGCCCUGGUCACUGCAGGGGUUGUCCAGCCUGGGCCUUAGCAGCAUGUGCCUGUGCUGCACAGAAGAUGAUGCCAUCCAAGUGAACCCCGAAGGGCCAAGAUGGCAGCAUCCUUCGGAAGUCACUGCAAGGCAGUCCAGAGAUAAACGCAUUGAGAAUAUGAAAAACAUAAGGAAAGAGAAGAGGAAAUUUAAUAAACGGUUUGCAAGACCUGCUCCUCUUCCAGAACCAGGACUCCUAUGGACAUAAAGCUGAAUGAAGUCUGUAUGGAAGAAAUCAUGCCAGACCAAAAUAUGUGCAUUUAUGACAUCAAGUGGCAUUUCAUAAUUUGACUUCAUUUGAAAAAUAAAGACACCUCUCUGUUGUUUCAGCAAAAUAAAAGCAGUGCAACCAUCUGACAUCCAA